AUGGCGGACCGCAGCAUUCCCGUAGCUCAGCCAUCGAUCAUCUCACUCGCCAAACUCCGAACAAAAGACUCAGGUGAACUUGCUCUCUUAGACAAAGCCUCCUCCAACACGGGCCUUUUCUAUCUCGACCUACGCGGAGACGCCGAGGGUGAGCGUGUGCUUGCACAUCUCCCUGACAUCUAUGCGGUAGUCGAGAAGUACUUCAGUCAGCCCAAGGAGGCUAAGGCAAAGGACACCAGAUUCGACAUCAAAGCCUCGCAAGACCUGGGAUACAAAAGGGGCUAUGGUAGUGAGUCGUUUGAGAUAUCGCGGGACGAAAUUACUUCGGCGGGCGCUUCCAUUUCGCAUCUCCCGCAGCUAUUCCAGGAUGUGUGGAAUAAGAUCACCGAAAUCAGCGCCGGUUGUGACGGAGCUUGUUUAAUGUUGCUCAACAGUCUUUCCACAGCCUACGUGGUGCACCACCGUGCCGAUCAACCCAGUGACACUGGCCUGAAACUGGUCUUGCAUCCAUCCCUUGCGAAGUCGUCUGACGCACCCGACACCACGCACACUGACAGUGGAACGCUUACCCUUCUAUUCUACAAAGAUUGGAGCAUACAUGCCCUUCUCCCGGAUACCAAUCUGUGGGCUUUCACGCCGCCUUUAGAAGGGUGUGCCCUGGUCAAUAUUGCCAAUUCGCUGCAGAGGCUGUCGGGAGGAAGGUUGCAUUCUCCUAAGCACGGAGUGACACAACCAUUCGAUGGCGCGAAGAAUCGGUACUACCUCAGCUACUUCUUGAGGCCUGAGACUGUGUUGAUAGAGAAAUGGGACGCUGCCAAGUGA